AUGGAACCGCACAUUGCAGUGCUUGUGUUGGAUACUCCCAUCGAAAACCAUGCGGACGAGUUCGGCGACUUUGGUGACAAUGCUGUGGAUCUCUUGAGAAACUCAGCAGUUCCGCUCGUCAAGUACCAAAUCGCCUACAGCCUCGAUCACCCUCAACACCAGGCCAUCACCGACCAGAAUUUGGCUCGUAUCAGGGCGCUCCUCGAUGCUGGCAUGCUUAAGGGGAUUGUCUUGACGGGCUCCAGGUCGGACUCCUUUGAUAACGAGAACCCAUGGAUCAAGCUGACUGACACCUUUUUGAAAUAUGUCAUUGCAAACAAGCCUCUGUUCCCUAUGGUGGGAUUGUGCUUUGGUCAUCAGCUUAUAGCAAAGAACUUGGGUUGCAAAGUGAACAGAAAUAGUACUGAAAAUGGCUGGGAGUGUGGUUCCACAACUAUCGCUUUAAACAAGAGCAUCUUUUCAGUCGAGAAGUCCCCAUUUGUGGACGCUUUGGAGACGGACGAUGGGCAUGUUCUUGAGCACAUAAACUUGGUGGAGUUUCAUAGAGACGUUGUAUACGGCUUGCCUCCCACCGCUAGUGCCUCCUCCAACUCUUUGUUGGCUCUGACAACAUUCCAAUCGAUCGGAAGCACCAACAAGUGCUCGAUUCAGGGUCUCAUAACUGAAUCAGGGCCAGUGAAAGUGCUUACUUUUCAAGGUCACCCGGAAUUCUCCACACCUUUGGCUUUGAACCUUUUGAAACUCACUCUUGCAAUCGGCAAGAUAGACAAGGCCACUUUUGAUCGUCUGAGUUACAAAACGAACAAUCUAAUAAACCACGGCCCUCUCAUGGGCAAAGUGAUCCUCAAAUUUUUUGAAAGCUACAGCUAA